AUAAAACUUUGAAUCAUUCGGAUUGAUUAUAUUAUACAAUGGAUAAUAUAUCAAUAGACACAAGUGAGGACAAAUUAGUAGCAGAAAUUUCCGAAUUGCGUGAAUUGUUACGUAUGAAAGAGGCUAAACUAGCUCAUUUGCGAAACAAAAAACAAGUUGUACAAGAAUAUGGUUUAAACAAUGACGAAAUUUGUAGAUAUAGUCGGCAGCUCUUUUUGAAAGAAGUUGGCGUGAAAGGUCAAAAGAAGAUAAAGGAUAGCUCCGUACUUAUUGUAGGAGCUGGUGGUCUUGGUUGCCCUGCAGCAUUGUAUUUAACAUGCGCUGGUGUUGGUUGCAUUGGCAUAGUAGACUAUGAUGAUGUUGAAAUAAAUAAUCUUCAUAGGCAAAUAUUAUAUACAGAAACAAGCAUAGGUAUUGCUAAAGUAAUUGCAGCAGCAGAAAGUCUCAAUCGGCUAAAUAGUUACGUAAAGGUCAUUCCCUAUAAAAUUCAACUGGAUAGUAAAAAUGCUUUAGAUAUUGUAACAAAUUAUGAUGUUGUAAUAGAUGCUACAGAUAAUGUAGCUACUCGGUAUUUGUUGAAUGAUGCAUGUGUUUUGAGUGGUAAACCAUUAGUUUCUGGAGCAGCAUUGAGGUUUGAAGGGAAUUUAUCAGUAUUUAAUUACCAAAAAAAUGGUCCUUGCUAUAGAUGUAUAUUUCCUGAACCACCACCACCAGAAACUGUAACGAACUGUGGAGAUGGCGGUGUUUUUAGUACAGCUGUAGGAACAAUUGGGGUUUUGCAAGCACUGGAGACAUUGAAAAUAAUACUUGAUAUGCCUGAUGUUGCUUCAGGACGACUUUUAUUAUUCGAUGGCACGGAAACUAAAUUCCACAAUGUACGUUUACGUCCCAAAAAUACAAAUUGUGUGAUUUGUGGGGAAAACCGUGUUAUACACAAAUUAAUAGACUAUGAAAAAUUUUGUGGUGCAAAGGCUAAUGAUAAAGAUCCUAAUUUAAAUUUAUUAAAGAAAGAAGAAAGAAUAUCAGUUGAAGAAUAUAAUAAAAUCAUAAAAAAGGAAUCAAAAUCUCGCAUAAUGAUUGAUAUACGAUCACCUGAAGAAUAUCAAAUCUGCCACUUAGAGGAUUUCAUUAAUAUUCCUUUCACACAGCUUAGCAAGAAUAACAAUUUAAAGCUAAUAAAAGACAAUAUAAAGGAAGCACAAAAAGAGCAUCAUUUAGUGGAUUUAUAUCUUGUGUGCAGACGAGGAAAUGAUUCACAAAAGGCUGUUCAAUAUCUGAAAAAGAUAUUUACUGAAGAUACUUUAAAAAUAAGAGACAUAAUUGGAGGUAUCCAUGCUUGGAGUAAUAAGAUCGAUCAAAAAUUUCCUAAAUAUUAA